CCUAUGACUGAAUCAUACACGUAUCACUCGCCAACACCAACAAUACUAUUGGAAACACAGAAACCCUGCAUUCUUGGCGUAGACGAAGCUGGUCGAGGACCAGUCCUUGGUCCUAUGUGCUUUGGGGUUGCUUAUUGUGCAAUUUCCGAAUAUGAAGAAUUGAUAGACGAGGAAUAUAAAGACAGCAAAAAGUUGGACGAAAAAAAAAGAGAAUUAUUACUUCAACGUAUUAUUAAUAAUCAAGAUAAUGUUGGGUGGGGAGUACGUUCUUUGUCACCUCAAGACAUUUCAACAAUGACUAUACGUGAUAAAAUUAAUCUCAACGCACAAUCUCACUCUUCCACUAUACAACUAAUACAUGAUGUCAUAAUUACUGGGGUAAACAUUAAAAAAAUUUAUGUUGAUACGGUUGGACCACCAGAAAAAUACAGGAAUUUACUCGCAGCACAAUUUCCCCAACAGGAAAUAAUUGUUGAGAAGGCUGCUGACGAUAAGUUUCCUAUCGUUAGUGCAGCAAGUAUUUGCGCAAAAGUAACUCGAGACCAUAUUUUAAGAGAUUGGUGUUUUAUUGAAGAAAAUUUAACUGAUCCCGACUUGUACAAAUAUGGUUCCGGUUAUCCCAAUGAAAAAACCAGACUAUGGCUAGAAAGGAAUGUAUAUCCUAAUCUUUUGGGCUUUUAUCCUUCGAUUGUAAGAUGGCAUUGGAAACCUGCCAGACAAAUCCUUUAUAAUAAAGGA